AUGGAUUCUCUGGCGGCUAACGGAAAUCCUGAUCCUCCAAUAAUACAACGAAUCUUUUGGGCGUUGACGGAGGGGGCAUGUGCGACAGCGUUGCUGAAAGUCGGCGGUAAAGCUGCACUUGAUACAAUUCAAACAGUAUCGGUUGCUGCAGGUCUACCUUACGCCGUGUUAGUCACCGCUAUGUGCGUCUCACUCUGGCGCGCUCUGAAGGAAGAAAAUGGCGAUGUUACUCCAGAUAGAAGUACAGAUAGAAAGUUUAACGUAUUUCUUUUUGAUAUCCUUCUGUUUCCAUCUUUGAACAAUUUCAAGAGAUUCCUAACUGCUCUUUUAGCACCAUGGCUACCAGCAGGCCGUGCUGCAGGCAAGGUAUAUCGCAAGAAGCCCUGGUCUUACAUGGUCAUUAUGGCGGUACUAUUUUACGGCUGGGUGAUAUUGCAGGUAACGGAGAUCUUUGCAAAUGGUCUUGCCUACGUUGGAUGGGUUGUCUUGUGCGGUUUCCUCACGUAUGUCAUAGGGUUGCGAAGUGUUAUCCGCGAGGAAUGCGGCCUGCCAGGCAGUAUUAUAGCUGAUGGUCUAACGGUCAUGUUCUACCCUUUUGCCGUGGAUCAACUGGACAAGCACAUGCUGAUCGAACAACAGCAAAAGAAAGACGAUCCGAAUUGUACUGGUAUUGAAAACAAGCACGCCGUUGAUAUACGAGCUGUGCAAUCUCCAAACAACACUGCUUGCACUAAAUUGUAA